GCCCUUGUCAUUGGCUUUUCCCGUAUGGUUCCCCUGAAGAAGCGGUGCCUGCUCGGACGGCAGCCCACACACUGUCUUAUAUCGCAGAUGUCCUUCCCACGUUGGCCGUCACCCCGAUCAAUCCUGGAUGACAUGACAAACGUCUGUGGUUGUCCGUCAAAACAUUUGAGGCAGAUUCGUCCUAGUCACGGCGAGCCCUUCUCUGCCCCUUCCCGUCUUUCCUUUCUCUACCGCCUUCUCAGACAUCAUUAUCAUCAUCAGCAUCAUUCGCCAUGAGGCAAUCAUUACUGCUCGGCGUCGCGGUCGCCUUCUUUGGUGCAGUUCAAGGUUCCUUAUUGGAGUUCGCAGCUAUGCUGCCCCAAUGUGGGCUGGAAUGUACACUCGAAAAGUUACCACUAUCGGCUUGUAAGGUUGCUACAAACGAUACUUGCAUCUGCAGUGAUCAUGACCUGCGGUUGAGCGUGCAAACAUGUCUCGUCCAGCGGUGCAAGAAACUAGAGGCCAUAGACGUUGCAAGGAUAGAAGCUGAAGCAUGCAAACGCCCGGUUCGUGAGCGAAAGGUGGACAUCAUGGUGCCACUCAUCCUCCAGAUAACCGGGAUACUGGUGGUCCCGUUACGAUUAUACGCGAGAUGGACGACGAUGCAUCGAUUCGAGGCCGACGACUGGAUCAUGAUGUUCUGCGGCGCCAUGUUUGUCGUGUUCGUCGUCGUUGGACAACUUGCCGGCCAUGUUGCCUUUGGAGAAGAUAUCUGGAUGGUCGAACCAGAUGAACUCACGUUGGGAUUAAAGCUCUUCUUCAUCGACGAAAGUUUCUACCUCGCCUGCCUAGGCCUCACCAAGAUCUCAGUACUCUUCUUCUACCUCAGAAUCUUCCCGAACAAGUCCUUCCGAUGGGCAACGUACGCGACCAUGACAUACAUCUUAAUAUCGACCACGGUGGUUUUAUUCAUGCAGAUUUUCCAGUGUAUCCCCCUUGAUUACAACUGGCUUGGUUGGAAAGGAGAUUUCGGUCCGCACCACUGCCUGGACAUCAACGCACUAGCCUUUGUGGCUGGCGGGCUGAGCAUCAGCCACGACCUCAUCAUUCUCGCUUUGCCCCUUCCGCUCCUGUGGCACCUCAACACUUCGAAACGCUCCAAGAUAGGCAUCUUAUUCAUGUUCAGUCUCGGUAUCUUUGUCCUCAUCACCUCAUGCAUCCGCCUUCGGUACAUCGUCUCAUUCACGCGGUCGCUCAACCCGACGUGGGACUUCACGGACCCCCUCAUCUGGUCCGGUCUCGAGGCGUCCGUGUCCAUGAUCGUCGUCUGCCUCCCCGCCCUCCGGAUACUACUGAAGCGCGGCUGGCCCAAGAUGUUUAGCACAAUUGGCACGGCGGAUGCCAACUCGGCGCCGAAGAAGGCUUCCAACGCCUCAUCCCGGAUGGCAUACGCCAUCAAGUCGGCAGAAGAUGGCGACGGCGACGGCGACGGCGACGACAACGCAGUGAAUGAUGGAGACGAAGAGAUUGCCGACGCGAAGUUUGCUGCGAGCGAAGCGAGGGCCGCGAGGAGGAUGGCGGAGAGGAGGAGGAAGUUCUUCUCGUUCCGCUCGACGACUGUGGAGCCGAACGAGAGCGAGCUGGAGUUGGGCGACAAGGUGCGGGGCGAGGUCAGGACGCAGAUCCGGUACCAUGAUGGGGAGUCGGUGACGAGGAGGAGCUCUAUUGAGUCUGGGAUUCAUGUGAGAACGACGACAACUAUUUACGGCGCGAAUGGGAAGACGUUCUCAGACCAUCGAUUGGGAUGCUGAAGCACACACGCAAACACAAGUUGAGCUGAGAGACUUGACUUUGGUAUUUUUUUAUUUUGUUUUCUCAAUUUGGAAACUCCAGCACAGGUACUGGGGCACCGGGGGUGAGCAUUAGGAGAUUGAUGAUACCAUUGCAUCGCAAGGCGUUGGGUUAACUCAAGGGCAAUUAUCUACACGAAUACGAACAUAGUCAAAAAGUAAUAUCAUGUUAACUAUCAGUAUAAUCAUUGUCCAGACCGCUCUCAAAGUGGAAUCCUGGCUAG